AUGUCAGGUCGUUUGUUGUUCGCCCUCUGCUCAGCGGCUCUCUCUGUAGCUGGCACUAAUGCCGAACUGAGCAAUGCCAAAAAUCCCUUGGUUGACGUGCAUGCAACUGUCGAAGGCAGUACCUCAUCAGGCCUGCAGAAUGAUUUGUUGCAGCGCAAGGUCGGGGGCCGCGUAGUGCAACCCGUCAUGCUGGUGUCUUUGAUGGCUGCACUUCUCGGUUUGAUUUUCGUUGUUGCUCACUGCGUCAAGAAUAUGGGAGGCCAGCAGACUUCGGAGCCCAGGCUGGUUCUCAGACGACUUGCCGAGGCGGGCGACCCGUGCUCAGAGGUGCGUUUGAAUGCUAAGGGACCUGCCGCACAAUUCGCUUGGGCGGUUUUUCUAAUGAGGGCACUGAACCUGUUGGAUAGCAUACGACUCGCAUCUUCUUGGGAUGCGCAAGAUGCGCGAUGUUUAGUUCGUUUCCAACAGAUAGCCAGUCCUAAGUACCUUUGA